GGGUUGCGUCCUCGAUAAUCAUGAAGGCUAUGUUCCGCAGUGCGAGCAUGUACGGCCCUUAUAAUCCUCAGUGAUCGCUGGCGGAUUCGACCUAUAAAGUGGGCCAGCCUCGAAUCAGCACAUAUCAGUGGCAAUGACCGCUUACUGCUGCACUAUAAUAUUGCUCAAUUUAGCUUAUAUUAGUGCAUUUCAAGAUCACACCGGCUGCUUUGCGUCGCACAAAAACGUCCGCGUAACCUGUGUAAAACCUGCAGAAAAUCGGACUUUAUCUUCUGUUAACGAGUGCGAAGAAUUCUGUCUAACACUACCGAAAGUGUGCAGAACGGCUCAAUUUGAUGCUGGCGGAAAAACCUGCGAGAUAUUUUCUUCUCCUCCUCUAAUUGGCUUGGCUCCAAUCCAAAGUGGGCGUCGACACUAUCGCGAUGUUCAAAGUCAUUACACAAUUGAAAAAUGCGCCCCCGCUUUGCAACCAUCAGUUGGAAGCAUUUACCUCAUUCCCAAGGAGGAGUGCUUUGGAAAAUCAGAAAAACCGAACGACUCAAAUUCUCCAGUAAUUGGGAACGUCAUUCCGUCUGAGGAGAAAUCCUUCGGCGGCGAAUUUGGUCUACAACUGAAGCCUCCUCGAAAUCCACUUUCAGCGAUACCAGUUGAGAUCCUUCCGAUAGUGCCGGACUGUCCUAUAGGAGAGAAGGCACGAGUUCAGGUUAUAGAUGGCGUGGAGGUAGUUUCGUCGGCAUCGGUCACUUUCACGACAAACACACCGGAAACUUGUGUUCACGCUUGCAUGACGAGCAGUUAUCCCGAUGCAACACGACUUCCUCUACUCUGCCGCUCUGCACAGUAUGAUCGUCAAUCUUCCAAAUGUUUCCUUUAUCCCGAUGCUGUGAAUCCGAACGGAUAUCUGGAGUACAAACCCAAUGUCGAUGUUUUAUAUACUGAAAAAAUCUGCAUCUCCGAUCUUUUGCUUCCAAUAUCAUGUGACGAGAUCUUUCGACGUAUCCCUCAGCAUAUCCUGUUUGGUCACGCAUCCGAGAUUGUUACUGCAACGAGUGAAGAAGAGUGCAUACGGGAGUGCAUACAGGCAAAGGUCAAGAGAAAUAUUGAAUGUCACUCGCUUCUGCAUUAUGCGGAUGUUCCAAUUUCAAACUGUAUACUGAAUGUCCAGACGAGGCUAACAAGGCCAGAAUAUUUCGUCCCUGAAUUAGAUGACAAGGUUGACUAUGUACAGCUACCUGAAUGUGCAAAAAAGACUGGCCAAGGUCAUGCAAGUGCUGUUAAUGGGAGAAGUCGAAGCAUGAUAGUUGACAAUAAAGGGAUUGAGAAAAAGAGCUGGGGUCUUCCACAUGGUGUAGGGUCCGUAGAAUCAGAAUGGUCUGAAUGGACCAACUGCGAUCAAAAAACUAGUGUACGCAGACGUGAACGGCUUUGUAGCGAUUGCUUGGAAAAAGUACAGACACAACCAUGCUUCUCAAACGAGGGCUUCGAGAAUGCCAUAAACACGUUCAUAGAAGAACAGAAUGACACGCCUGAUACCACACAAACAAUGGAAGUGAAUGGAGAAAGUCCAAAGGCAAAUGUCAUUCCAUUCCCACUGAGCACGGUACUAUCGGAGAAUAAUGCAACAACAGAGCUUGAAUUCUUCGGCCCUCCGUUCGACAAUCGUUCACCAACGGCAUGGAAAUCUGCUUUCCGGAGAUUUUGAAGAAGUAUAUUAAGUUGUUAUUUACAGCGAGAUUGAAAUUGUGCUCGCAUCUCUGGUUUCUCACAACUUGGUUUGAUGUAAGCAGACCAUUCCAUGUACCUAAUAAAAAAAC